AUGGCUUCCACUUUGAAUUCCGUCCCGGCUGCGAACAGCUCGUCUGGCAAUGCGGCCAACAAUUCCGCACCGAACUCGAGCAAACCCUCGUUGAGAUCCAGCGGCAGCACCAAGGGGGACGGUCGCCGACAGUCUGGUAGCCCAGUCGAUGGUGCUCAACGACGUACAAACUCCCACAAGGCUUGGACCCAAGGGACCAACCCCAUCACGCAACGCGCUGCAUACUCUUCCUCGAACGGCAAUAUGGCUAUGCGACAAUCUGGCUCUCCCCGACCGGGUCAGAAGGAGUCCAACACAGCUGACUGCCAUGCUCACGACCGUCUUGUGUUCUUAUUUGCAAGCUUCAUUGGUCUCCAAACGAUCAUUACGACCAAGGGCGGAGAGAAGUUUACUGGCAUCUUUUCUUCCUCGAGUCUAGAGCCGAGCGAUUCAUCAUUUCUCCUCAAGAUGGUGCAGCGCACCUCUCAAGAGACCCAGGCGAAACCAAAUGGUGUGAGCGAUGUAUCGAGUCCAUACAUUGGUGCGGGUCCGGAACACAGCAUGGCCUUUGACAUUAAGGACAUUGCGAAUAUUGCGGUGCCAAAUGUGUCUCCGGCGGAGGUGUCGGUUAAGGAGCCAAAUGGUGCUUCGGCUGGCUUCAGGACGGAUGCUGACAUUUCUGGCAAUCUGGCAAUGCGGGAGCGCACCUUGCAGCGCUGGGAGCCUGCCGAGCACGAGGUUGAUAUGUCCCUGGAAAGUGCCGCUGGCGAUUCGACGAGCUGGGAUCAAUUUGAGGCGAAUGAGCGUCUGUUUGGCGCAAAGACCAAUUAUGAUGAGAACAUUUAUACUACGCGCAUUGACCGUUCGGAUCCUACCUACCGCCAAAAGCAAGCGGAAGCCGCGCGUAUCGCUCGCGAGAUUGAGGGCACAGAUGUUGACAACCCCCAUAUGCGUGAGGAGCGGGGACUGGUGGCGCCCGACACUGGUGACCAGGAUGAGGAAGAUAAGUAUAGUGGUGUCCGCCGCGAGAACAAGGCAUUCCCCCCUCUGGUUUCCGGUCAGCCCAACAAAUACACGCCCCCGGCUCGUCGCCAAGCUGGAGCCCAGCCUGUUUCCGCUGUGAAAACACCAGCGGCCAGUCCGGUGCCUCCCCAGGUACCGACUAAAGAGGCUACCCCAGCAGAGAAGCAGCAAACUGUAGCAUCGACCAAGGCUGUUGUCGAGGCUGAUCAGAAAACCGAGUCGAAGACUGACUCAACUAAGGCAGCCGCGGGCACCUCGGCUGCGACCCCCCAGCGAUCUGUGCCUGAAAAUGCGACAGCAAAUGUUGAGACAGAGGUGCUCGACCACUUCCGCCAAUUUGCGAAUAAUGAGAAGCUGAAGAUGCAAGAACGCCGCCGGAACCAGGCCUCCUAUGACCGGACCAUCAAACUAAAUGAAUUGAUGAAGUUUUCGAAGAACUUCAAGCUUUCGACUCCUGUGCCCAAGGACUUGGUGCCGAUCCUGGCCAAGGAUCCUCAUAAACAGGAGGCCAUCAUCAGCCGAGCCCAGCAGUCCGUGGAGGAGAAGCCUUCACCAAAGGCUGCUGCCCAGACUCCUGAGCAGAAAGCACCCGCUCGUGUGGUUGGACAAAGCGGCGCGGUGCCUCCUGUAGCACCAUCCGAUCGGCAGAACUUCGCUCGUGGCCGUCAGGGUUAUCUUCCGACUGGUCCUCUUGCUGGUGCUGGUGGUCGAUUCCCUCAGCCGCCUCUGCAGCCCGGCCGUCCUGGCGCUGGUAUGCUCAGUCAUCGACUGGCAGAUAACCUGCAACAGCGGAAGGGCGUUGGCAUGGCUCCUGUCCCUCCUCCACUGCCCAUCCAGGAUGCUCGCGGUCCACCCACCGGUCCAGCCAGUGAGCAGCCUCGCGUUACCAGCCCUUCAAAGGCGCAAACCUCCGCAUCUGCUGCGGCAUCCAAGUUCAAUGUCCGCGCCAUGGAAUUUAAACCCAACCCCGCGGCCAGUACAUUCACCCCCGGCGGCGCUGCUCCCUCUGGCCCCGCUGCCAGUGCGGCCAGUGCGGCCAGCCCGCGUCCUUUCUCGCGGAACCGCUCUGUCUCCCGCGCCACAACGCCCUCUGCCUUCUUUGGCACUAGAAAGCCCCAACCAAUCUCUGAGCGGCCCUCGAUUGACGACCAAUUCAACCCCAUCAAGCGCAUGAAGAAGGAUAGUGCCGAUUCAGCCGAUAAGGCAUAUACCUUUAACGGAGGCAUCCCUCCUCCCUAUAAGACUCUUCCUACCUGGGAUGUGCCGGAGGGCAACGAGGAGAAGACGUUCGACCAGAUGUUCAAGCAACCUGGUGGUGUCCCAUCGGUUUCGCCCCAGGGUCGCUCCGCUUCGAACAACCCCCAUGUGCCUCAGCAGCACCAGAUGCCAUACCAAUUCCAGCAAGGCAACCCUGGAAUGCCAACGGCCUCCGGCCCUCCCAAUGGUCCUCAUCUUCACCAAGGUCCUCAUGGUCCUGCCCCGUCCCAUGUUGAUGAUCAUCACCGCAUGCAACUUUCGGCCUCCUCAUCCCAGGUGUUCCCUUCCCCACGGAUGGGCCAAAGCCAUAUCGGCUACCCCUCUCCAAUGGCUCCUCAUGCCCAAUUGGCCUUCGGGCAGCCCAUGCCCCAGUACUAUGGCGGGCCCCAGCCCAAUCACAUGAGACAUUAUCAGAAUGGUCCUCAAUUUGUUGGUCCCCAGGCUGGUAUGGGAGCUCCCAUGAUGGUGCAAAACCCCUCGAAUGGUCCUUACAUGGGCGUUCCCCAGGGAAUGUCUCCUUUUAACCCACAAAUGCAAAUGUACUCUCCCUCCCCCGGACAUGCCUAUCCUCAACAUGCACCUCCGCCUCAACCUCAUAGCGGAUACCCUAGCCCCAGCCGUGGAGCGCCGAUGAUGAUGCAGCAAAACUCUCAGUCCGGACAGCCGCCGCAGCCAAUGAUGUUCAUGUCACCCGGGCAGCCAGGACAACCCGGAUACGGGGCUCAGCAACCAGGCCACAGUGAGUUACCCCGCCCAUACUGGAUCACCUUCGCCGCUCAUCCCAUUGUAGUGCCCGCUGGUCGUGGAGGUUAUCCCCAACAACAGCCUCAUUUCUCCUCAAGUCCGCACCAGACUCAUCACUUCCCUCCUAAUCAGCACCGGACUCCAAGCAACAGCUAUAACCAGGCACCGCAGCUUCCUCCACAGAUGUCCGCCAACAACACUCCCACCAAUCCUGGUGCUGGCUCGCUUUCAGCUGAGCCUACCGAUGAAGGCAAAUGA